GUUUGUUUUCUCUCCCAGGAAACUUCUCAAUCGACACAAGCAAAACAGCAAUUCUUAAUCGAAGGAGCUUCAUCUGGAUCGUUUCAUGGCUGGACUCUGAGGAAAAACUAAAACUCCGUCGGAUCCGACAGAGAGAGGGAGAGAGAGAGAGAAAGAGAGGGAGACGGAGAGAGAGAGAGAAAGAGAGAGAGGCCAGAUUUAUGCUGGUCACACAGACUGGAGACCUUGGUACAUGCUCCUUGACAUCUCUUCCCACACAGGUUUGAGCACAGCUGUCUGCAGACUGCGAUGUCAUCGAAAAUGCAGAGUAUAGCUCAGGCCAGGCGGACGGUGCAGCAGCUGAGGAUAGAGGCCAGCAUUGAGAGAAUAAAGGUGUCCAAGGCAUCAUCAGAUCUGAUGCGGUACUGCGGAGAACAUGCCAAGAACGAUCCGCUGCUCAUGGGCGUCCCUGCUUCAGAAAACCCUUUCAAGGACAAGAAGCCUUGCACUGUUUUGUAGGAGAACACCUGAACACUUGCUGCUUUUUUUCAUUCUGGUUUUUAUGUGGGGGGAAAAAAAGCUGAUAGUAAUACUGUUCACAACUUGCCUUCAGGCCUCAUAGCCCUUUUUACUUUCACAAAUGCCUGCUAGGGUUUGGAAAAGGUUUAUUACCCCUCUGCCUUUCAGUCAGAUAACAGUAACACCAAAGAACAUGCAGGAGUCAGCGGCUGAGGCAUCGGAUCAAAGCUUUAGCUCAAACAAAAGAUGAUUAAACAUUCGUAUAAAGGUACAGAGGGGACUUUUGUUUCUCUGUGCUGUUAUCUGACAAGAUCUAGAAGACAUCAACUGAAAGAAGCUGUGUUGGGGAUGGGAGAGUUUCCCAACUCUCUAAUUAUCACAGCAUGCAUAAACAAGCCCCCUCAAUCACGCUGGUCCAAUCAGAUCCAGGCUUUAAGCUUUCACCUCUUACUUUCAUCAGCCUUGCUUGAGGAAACAGUUGUUGCAGUUUGUGUGGUACUGAUAAUGAACACCCAAGAUAACGAUAUCCUGUCGUGGGACGUGUAGACUAUACUUUCCACCGCAGAUAGGAUAGAUGCACAGGUCAGAGGUCCAUUGCCAGUGAUGCACAGCUCCUGCUUUACAUCAUGUUGUCCAGUCACGCUAGGAGAUAAUAGUCUUUAGAAAUUGGCUCUUAAAAUGUUUUACUACCAAACAAAGUGCAAACAAUUCAUCUUUUUAUGGACAGGAAAUGAGUUCAAAAUGUCCCUUCAAGUAUAAUUGAACCUAUCCGGUGACAAACAAUUCACUUAAAAUAUUGAUUGAAUUUUUUUUUAGGUUAUAGUGUAGUGCACUUUCAAUGUAGAACCCAGGAGUUUUCUUUCCUGAAACUUGUUUCACAACCCUAGAUAGCUGCAUUCCAAAAAUACACCCCUGACGAUCACUUCUUAUCCAAAGCACAGCUAUUAAACAAUAUGUCUAGAUUGUGAAGUUUAAUACCAGAUGAGUGAACUGUCCUGGUAAGAAAGUUGUUUUUCCUCAUUUUGUUAUCCAUUGGUGCAGCCAGCACAUACAGUACAUAAAAGUACCAGUAUGGACUUUUGAGAUCGCUGUACAAGAUAUUCCCUCAUUUAGAUGUUUCACAAUGAUGUCAUCAUGCUGAAAAACAGAUUCAAGACCAGUGUGUGCCAUCGUAUCACAUCUACCUAUUUAAUGUCACUUACAUUUCACAACAGUACACAAGUUUAGUUUUUUCCCCCAGCAGUUUCUCUUGUUCUGUCUGCAGAGCUGAGGCUUAUUACUGUAUUAUUAUUCAGGCACUUUUAAAUGUGUAAACACCGGAUGACUGUUAUACUCUUGAGUUUGAAACAUUCCACGUUUACAACUGCUCUAAAACUUUCCUUGAUUUUUAUUAUGUUGUAGUAUUAGUUUAUUAGGACGGGCAGUGUAUAGCUGUGACUGUGUGUCAUUUGUGUGUUGGUGCUCAUGGAAAACAUAAGCAACUAAUUUUGCAAUUUUACCAGCCAGGGCCUUAAUGAAGUGAUCCUGCUUCAACCUCUUGACUACCUUUUUAGUCACAAGUGCUGUUGUCUAAUACUGUGAAGAAUGAAGGCCCUUUAGUUGAAGGGGAGUAUAUCUUACUAUUAGAUAUUAACUAUGGUAUGACUUCCUAUUUCAAAGUGUCUCAUGUGCAGUAAUACAUUGCAUCACUAUAUUUCCUUUAUGUUGAUACAUACUGUAAAACACUGUAUGUCCAUGUACCGCAGUAUGUGCUCGCUUGUAACCGUUUCUUGUACUUUACAGGACUGAACCGAUUCAGUCAAACCUCAUCUUUAAAUGUCUGUUUAGUGACAUUAAUUCAACCCUUUGAAUUACAACUGAAUGUGUUCUUUUAGUUAUAGAUGUAUUUGGUCGCUUUUUACCUGUAAAGUUGUGUUUUUGUUCGAAAAUAAUUACUGUGUCUGUGUUUUAUGACACAUGGUAAG